AUGCCGAAACGGAAAACAGGACAACGGAAAAAAGCUGAAAAACAGAAAGAACGUCAAAAACUCUUGCAGUCAGCUUAUAAUAAUAAACAAUUAGUCGAAUGGCCAUGCAAUUACAUUAUGGAAUGUGAUAAAUGCAAAAAACAGCAAAAAAAUCGUGCAUUCUGCUACUUCUGUCAAGCUGUACAAGCGUUACCUGUCUGUGCACAAUGCGGAAAACAAAAAUGUCUGUCGAAAACUGGUGACUGUCUUGUGAAACACGGCGUUGUACAUGCAACAGGCCUUCAGUUAGUGGGCGCUAUUUGUGAUUUUUGUGAAGCGUGGAUAUGUCAUUCAAAAAAAUGUUUACAAACACAUCCUUGCCAAUGUCCACUACAAAAUGGUGACUGCAUUGAAUGUAAUCGAGGUGUAUGGGAACAGGGCGGUCGAGUAUUCCAAUGUUCAUUUUGCACUCAAUUUCUUUGCGAAGAUGAUCAGUUUGAACAUCAAGCAUCAUGUCAAGUGUUAGAAUCAGAAAAUUUCAAAUGCGCGUCGUGUAGCAAACAUGGUCAAUGGUCGUGUUUAAGAUGUAAAGUUUGUUACUGUGAUGAGCACAUCAAACGACGGGGUUUUAAAUAUACCCAAGGUGAAGCUUAUCCGUGCCCUAAAUGCAACUAUCCAACAAGAGAGACGAAAGAUCUGUCGAUGUCAACUCGUGCUUAUGAUUACGGAAGAAAGACUCAAAAUGAUUACGAAGACGAAGAUGAUUCCUUAGGUAUGACAAGUGGCUGUGAUUAUUUCACACGUGGCGAAGGCAGUCGAAAUUUUACAUUUGGCGGAAGACCUAUUGAAGAACGAGCAGCGAGAGAUGACGAUGAUGAUGAUGAAGAAGAAGAUGAGGACGAAGAUGAAAACGACGACGACGACGACGAUGAUGAUGAUGAUGAUGAUGGCGAUGAGGAAGAAGAAGAAGGUGUAGAAGAAAAUGUUGAAGAAGAAAGUGAACAACAUUAG